AUGCUUUGGGAGGACAACUUUGCAACGUGGUGGGAGUGCGUCAUGCCGCCCGUGAGUUCUAAAAGCGAGCCUAGCAACUCUGGAAGCUAUGGUGCUUUUAUCCUUGGACGCGAUCUUGUGGGUGAUACAGUAGCUGCCAUGGUUGCCUCUGCAUUUGUCGCACCUUCUGUAGUUCUGCUAGACAGGGCUCUUGUUGAAAAGUCAUCCUUCAACCAACCUAUAAUCGAAGGCCUAAGGCGGCACUCGCAAAAUUGUUUGAAGAAACCAGUAUCCUUUAUAUUCAGUCGGCCUUUUGGAAUAGUUUGGGUGUUGUAUGCGGUGACAUUUGGAACUGCGAAUGCUACUGAAACGGUAGCAUCAAGACUCAAGAGCACAACCAUCAGCAGUUUGUCGUUCAUUCCCAUCUCGCUGGUCAAUGUGCCCCUUGGUAUCUGGAAGGACCUCAAGUUGGCGCAGAUAUACAGCUCUCAGCCUACGGAAUGCGCCAAAGUGCGCCAGGUCGUUAAGAGCGUUUCGAGGGCUUCGAUGACGGCCUUCUUAAUCCGAGACAGUGCAACAAUGUUUGGCUCAUUCACACUGCCUACGCUGCUCGCUUCAGCUGUUCCCGACUCGGUGUUUGCCAGCCCGCAUGGGAAGAUCAUGGCAACUCAGACGACGGUGCCAAUACUGUCACAAAUCGUCUCCACGCCCGUGCAUCUCCUCGGCUUGGACUAUUACAACAGAAACAGCGGCGCUACAGUGGUGGAGAGAUUGUCUCGCAUCCGAGCAGACAUCAUGCCGGCUACUAUUGUGAGAUACUCUGCUAAUACCAUAUGGACCAACAAUCUCAGAAUCGCCAUCGCCGGCGUCGUCGCGUUGCAGACACCAGCCGGAAGCGCGCAGCCAGAGCUUGCGAUCGCUGUAAAGCAAGAAAAAGUAAAUGCAUCGAAACACGCCCAGGCUCAUGCCAGCGAUGUCAGGCCAGCAACCUCAGCUGCCACUUCGAAAAGUAUGGAGAGGCUUCCUUCAUCAGACAGCGAGACUUCGACGCCUCGACCCGUUGUCUUUCAGAAUGAAGUCUUGGACGGACCCGAGGAAAACAUUACUAUUGAUAACCACCCGACUGAAAGUAUACUCUGGCCCCGUUUUCUUUCUAGAUUGAGGCAAGCUUUCUUCGUAGACUCUGUCCCCAAUCCCGAAGAACAGGAAGUCGUCGUUACGCAAGCGCAAACCGCCCAUACCAACCGCCUUUCGGACUGCGAGUAUGCACGCUUAAAGUCCGUAGUUGAUUCUUUCCCCCCACGACCUGUGGCCGACUUUUUGGUGUCAGUGUGUAUCAGACAUGGUGUUGACAUUUUUUUCUACUUUGAUCAAGCUCAAAUUAUUGAUGAGAUUGCCCAGUUCUACACCAACAGCUCGUCACCACUUCGAACCGAUCCAAGCUUUAUCUGCCUAGCUCUUGGACUGUUCGCUCUGGGAAGUAACUGGACACCUCUCGAGAUGCCGAUAGACUCUCCAUUGCCUCACGGCGAUGACAGUGAUCUCGGCCGAGUCUUUUUUAGACAAGCCAAACUUUUGAUACCUGAUGUGAUCGAAAGGACGGACUUGAAAGCCAUUCAAGCAUGCUUUCUUCUUGGUAUAUAUCUCAUGCCUCUGAAUGCUGCCGGUUCCUCCUAUGUCUACAUGGGCAUGGCGUUGCGAAAGGCAUUAGCUUUUGAUCUGCAUCAGAGUCCAGAUGAUCAGAUGAUUGAUGACCGGGAGAAGGAGAUUCGGUGCCGACUCUGGUGGUCAAUAUAUUCACUCGAACGGAAUACCCCUACCUUCUCCGAUGCCUUCUCUCGACAGGGACCAGAAAUUCGAAAAUCUUGA